AUGCCACGCUGGCAGUUCAAUUGACAAUACCCGGCGGUGGAUCGAACACUCGUCGUGUACUCGGGCAAGGUAAACAGUUUUUCGCGGCGCAGGUCAACAAAAGUUGACGCAAGGAUCGUGCGAAUUGCUCGACAUGCUUCGACAAGCGUCGCGGGUGACCCAGGUGAAACAAACGUCCGAAUAGAGGCGAGCGAUCAUCUCCGAAAAAAAAUCGGUCUCUUUCGCUCUUUAGCUGCAGCCAAGAGCCUCAGGGUGGGGCGAGGAGGCCGUACGUCCGUCCGACUGUCCGUGACGGGACUCUUUCACUCGUCAGUCGGCUAGUAGUGCGCGUCAGUGCAGUGUGCGGACGGUGGUUUUUUUCAUGGAAACGUAGUGGCUGCCGUGUAUUUUGUGUUAUAAAUACACACACACACACGCGUAUACACGCAAACGUAUACGAUCGCUCCGUGCUGUAGAGUAAUCAAGCGUCGGGCGGGAUGUCGUCAACGGACAUCAACCUGAUGGAUUUCCUCUUCCCGCGGGAGGACGCGUUCCUGAAAGGCGACGUUAAGGACGAACCUUUCAUAGAUCAGAGCUACAACGACGACGCCAUCGCGGCGGAAGAAUGGCCAACCAAUCCAGACGACUUUCUGGACUCCAUUUUCAAGCUGGAGGACAAUCAGUUCAACCUGAUGGACAACGAUUUGGACGCGAUUCCGUCUUCCUCGUCGGACAGCGGGCUCUCAAGCGCGUUGAGCCUCUCUUGCGAGCAACAAUUGAGCCCGCUUCUGCCGAUCGAGGAGGAUCAACUGGAGAUCAGCAACUCCGAAAUAAACAGUCCGCAGAAUGUCAUGGAGUUCGAGCCUUUGGGAAGUCCUAACCAGUCGAUGGCCAGCGUGGACAGUCCUAUCAGGUCGAACAUCGGCUCACCGGUUACCGAUGUCGCCGAGGAAAUGGAUGUGGAACAAACCCUCGUGGCUGUAGUAAAUCCAGCGAACACCUUGGCCGAUGCUAACACGACGAUUGUUACGGAGCAACCGGUUGCCGAUUUAGAGAAAACACCGAAGCAACAACAGAUUCACAUUGUGCCUCCAGAAAGCAGCACGAUAAACGUCCGUAAUAUCACGUGCAAUGGAAAACGAAAUAUCAGGCAAUUGAUACGCGUGACACCGAUGGGCUCCGGUAAUCCAAGAUCGAUUCUACUGCCUGUAAGUUUGAAAGACAUGAAGGAAGUACGAACCAUCAAGAUCAUCAAUGCUUCGCAAGCUAGGAAUUUCAAAGGAUUCAAGAUCAACCAGGCCAAUAUCAUCAACAAGCCAGUUCAGAUGAACAUCAAGCAAGAAGAUUCGAGCAGCGAGAAGGGUUGCAAUUCGAGCGACGAGAUCUCGGAAUCGGAUUCCCCUUACCCGAGGCUAAAACUGAACGCCGAGGAGAAGCGUUUGCUGCAAAAGGAAGGGAUCACGCUGCCUACUCAUUAUCCGCUGACGAAACACGAGGAGCGCGAGCUGAAGAGGAUCAGGCGCAAGAUUCGCAACAAAAUCUCCGCCCAGGACUCGCGCAAGAGGAAAAAGGAGUACGUGGACGGAUUGGAGGAUCGUGUGAAACAGUGCACCGAGGAGAAUAUGACGCUGCUGAAACGCAUCAAGGCGUUGCAGUCGCAGAAUCAGAGCCUGGCUGGGCAACUCAAGAGGCUGCAGGCACUGUUGCAAAAAGGCAACAAGAGCGCCCAGCCCGCCACUUGUCUCAUGGUCUUGUUGCUCUCGUUGGCCCUCGUUGCCGUGCCGAAUCUACGGCCACACUCCAAUUCGAACAAUGAACUCACGCAAGAGCAGGAACAGCCGGAGAAAAUGCCGCCGCUGGCUGGUCGUUCGCGAACCUUACUCUACACGAAGCAGCUGAUGGACGAGGAACUGCAGCAAUACAGCGAGGAGUUGCUGCAGGAAGUCGAGGGCCUUCUAGAUCACGAUUACAGCCCAACAAUUCAACCGCCCCUCUACAAACGUCCUCGCAUGGACACGGAAUCACCGCCGAAGUGCGUCUCGUCUUCCGAUCAUAUCGGAGGGACGCUCUGCGGAAGACAGGAAGUCACGAUGAAGUCGAGCAGGAAGUACAUCGAACCUCCGUUGGACGACGUUUGGCCUCCACCGAAUCCAGGCGGGCAAAAGAGCGCCAAGGUGGUGGACAAGCUCGAGGUGCUGACCAACGAGCUGAAGAUUAACAUCUCUGAUUCAGAAGGCACGAGAACUGUCCUCCUAAAGGUGCCUCAAGAACAGUAGAAGAAGAAGAGCCAGUCUCACUCGAGACUCUUCAAGAACGUUAUAUUUUUCUAUCAUUUUUGUCGUAACCCUUUACGAUCGGAUCUAUAUUUGACAUGGUACAUCCUGAUCCUGCAGAUCUUAGAAGGAAAGAAUUGCAGAUCGACGAGGAAACACGGACCAUCAAAAAUUCUCAUUGAGUAUUAUUCAAAACGACUGACGCAUCGCAAAUUCUACAGUCUUGCAAUAGGAGGCUGAUUAUGAUUGAAACUAUCUUUUAUUUGAGCUAUGCAUUUUCUUCUAGUUAGCUGUAUCAGUGUCUUUCAAAUGAGAAAUCGUGAAGGGUUCAGAUAUAGACUAGCAUGAGCUUCUUCCUAUGAGAGGCGUAUAUUAUAAGGCAGAAUAGAGAAUUCAAUAAGGUGUCUCGUACUUUUUAAUUCAUUUCUCCGCGUGAAUAUUUCAUAGAUUUGAAUAGACUGCGGAUUUUUAUUGAAGUUUGCACGCGCAAAUGUAUGUACCGAAUGCGUGCAAUGUUUUAUACAAAAUUGUAUAAAAUAACUAAAACGGAGAAAACUAAUACUAAUUUUUAGUAUAAAACGAAUCUCUGUUUAAACCUCAUUUCGUUAAUUAUGUCCAUGAAAAUAUAAAUUUGCAUAAAGAUACGCAGUCUACCAACGAGAAUCCGUUCAACUAGCGUAUUUCAACCCUCUAACCACCUAGGUUAGAAAAAUUUCAUUCAUAGUCGUAAGAUUAAAUUCUUUCGAGUCACUUCUUCUAUAUUUUCCUCUUGGCUUCGCGUGUUUUUAACGAAGCUACUUUUUACUCGCUGAAUAUCUCACGGUAGAGAUCAUCGAACGAAUUUCACCAAUUGGAUUUAAUCUUCAUCGCUCAUUUCAUCCAUUAUAGUCAACUGCACACCAUCAUCGAUCGUCUUUGGGUGAUUUUUCAAGAGUUUUUAUCGAUUGAACGAUAUUUAAGAUUUAUCUAUUUAUAAGAAUUUAUUAUUAUGAGAGUUUUACAGUUAUUAUUCAUGUUGUCAAUGAUAAGAGAGAAAGAGAGAUUUGUAAAUAGUUAUUAUAUAAAUCAUCGGAACGAUCACUGAAAGAUAUAUAUUAUAAUUAUAAUAAUUAUUAUUAAAUAUAUAUUAUAAAAGAAAUAUAUCGUAACUUUAACUUUACAAGGUACGAUUUUUAAUUCUGUACUACUGUACAGCGAAAGAUACGGCGUUAUUUACGGAAGUAGAUAAAGUAACUCGUUGAUAAAAAAAUUUGUUUAUAUAUAUACACGUACACAUAACAAAUGUGUAGAAUGUAUGUUUCCAUCUUUUAACGCGUGAUAGAUACGAUUAUUCGUUUCAUCGUACACUUCUUUGGGGCUAGGGUAUAGCAGUGUUUGAUAAUUAAUUUAAUAUUACAUUAUACAAAAGCUUGCAGAGAUACAUUUGCUACGCGAGCAGAACGUAUUUAACUACGAAAACUGCGUGUUAUCGACACCAGGUUCGAAGACUGUAUUUAUAAAUUUAGUCGCAUCCUGAUAUACAGGAUGGUCUUGCUUUUUCCGGCGUAACUAUGGCAGUAGAUUGUACGAGUAAAAAUAAAGAAAAAAAGUGUCACAAAAAUAUAUGAUCAAGAAUUCGUCGUUAAGGACUUAUAACGAAAAGUUCGAAACAAAGAGUUGACGAUAUUUAUCUACGUCAGUUUAAUUCAAUUUUCAUUUUUGCGAAUACAGGUCUGUCAUCUAUCAAAUUUAUUACAUUUCGAAUUUCUAGUUGGCAAAUGUUUGUGUGAUAUUUUUUUCUUGUUUUGAUUCAUAGAAUCUAUUGCUAAAGUUAUGUCGAAGAAAGUAGGGACACGCUGUAUAUUCCUUGUUCUUUCUUCAAAUUCGACGCAUACGCCUCGCCUUUUUUAUUUAAAAGUUUUAUUUAAAAGUCUUUUAUUAAGUUAUUUUAUAUACGCGAAGCGACGUGUAUAUGAUACACGGGCAAGCAACGUAAUACAAAUUGUAAAUAUUAAAUACACGGCACGAGAGUAACAUUUGUUUCGUAGUUCGUACUUAUAUUUAAUUGUCUCUUUCUCUCCGACGAAAUUCCUGGUAGAAGGCAACCGCGCACACGGAACAAUAAUAAAUGGAUAAUAUUGGAAACGAGAAAUGGGGCUCUUUUUUCGCGAAUUGAUAGCGAGUUAGAAAAAAAGAAAGAAAAAAAUUCUGUCGUUCUUCCAAAGAAUUGUAAUUCCGUACACGUACACGUAUAUAGGACAAUUGUCAUCGGUAAUCGAUGCCGAAGCACCGGCCACGAUUUUUUAUUUAGAUAAGUUCAACAAUACAUUCCUACCAGUAAUGUCCAUUCAAAAAUAGAACGAUUCUAUUUUUGCACGUAUGUAAAAGGGUUAAAGGUAUUACACUCUGAAUUUCAUUCAAUAUACGUGUAACGACAUUAGAAAAUAAACUGUUACAAUCAGAA